AUGGAUAGGAUCUUGGCAGGAGCUGUCGGAACAGUAUGCUACGUGGAUGAUAUCUUAGUCGUAGGAGAGAACGAAUCAAAUCAUGAUGAGAUACUCAUGGCAGUUUUACAGAAAUUGGACAAAGCGGGUCUAAAGCUCAAACGAGAGAAAUGUGAAUUCAACAAGUCACAAGUUGAAUAUUUAGGCCAUGUUAUCAGCAGCAGAGGCAUCCAAUCGUCAGAGAGCAAGGUGGCGGCAAUUCGAGAUGCACCACCACCGACCAGUGUUACUGAAUUGAAGGCAUUUUUGGGUCUUCUCAGUUACUAUAGGAAGUUCCUGCCUAAUCUAAGUUCAGUAUUGGAACCAUUGUAUGAGUUGUUGCAGAAACAGAGACAAUGGUCUCGGGGAACAAGACAGAUGAAAGCAUUUUUGGAAGCGAAACAGAAGCUGUUGCAGUCUGAUUUCUUGGUACACUACGACUUAAAGAAAGCUGUCAUUCUAUGCUGCGAUGCAUCACCAGCAGGAGUUGGAUAUAAGCCAGGCGUUGAGAAUAAGGAAGCUGAUUUGCUAUCCAGAUUACCCAUUCCAGUAGAAGUCAUUGACCCAAAUGAGCAGACGUUUAAUGUGGAUUACUGUGAGGCAUUACCGGUCACUGCAGCAGAUAUUGCAAAAGAAACGCAGAGAGAUCGGAUUCUAAGGAGAGUUUAUCAAUAUACGAAAUGUGGUUGGGGACCAAAUGGCCAACCAGUCAUAGAACAAUACAGGAGACGAGCGAGUGAGCUUUCGAUUGAAAACGGUUGCUUACUAUGGGCGAACCGCGUCUUCAUUCCAAACAACUAUGUAUGGUGGCCAAGCCUUGAUAAAGAGAUCGAGGAAGCAGUGAAACAGUGUGAAGCUUGUCAAAGUCUGCGAAACAAACCGGCUCAGGUUGAUCCUCCACACCCUUGGAUUUAUCCUCAGAAGCCAUGGGGGAGAGUACACGCCGACUUUUGUGAAGUCGCAGGGAAACAGUACCUGCUUAUGGUGGAUCCAUUCAGUAAAUGGCCUGAAGUACAUGAGGUAGGUACUCUUGCAACCACAGCACAAACGAUGGAUGCCAUGAGACGUACUGUUAGUUACAAUGGACUACCCCUACGAGUGGUGACGGACAAUGGUCCACAAUUUUCUUCACACGAAUUCAAGAACUUUAUGUCAGCGAAUGAAAUAAAGCACCAAUUAACUCCUCCUUAUUACCCAGCCGCAAACGGACAGGUUGAGAGAAUGGUGCAAGAGUUUAAGGAGUCUCUAAAAACAAAGCCAACUGGUAAGUCCGUGAGUCACCAGGUAUCAAUCUUUUUAUUGCACUACAGGACAACACCAAACAGCACAACCGGCAAGAUACCAGCCGAAUUGAUGUUGAAGCGAAGUCCGAGAACAAGACUACCACUAUUACGUCCUGAAGCUGACAGUGAGUUGAGAGAGGCUCAGAGUCAACAAUAUGACACUGCAUCUGGCCGGUGUGGAGUUCGACUGAAAGCAGCCAUGACAAUUACUCUGUAUAGCAAACAAAGAAUCAGGUCAAGCUCUAGAGAAAUGCGGAAAACAAAUGUUUCUGAAGACGAGCCAUCUCGAUUUUCUGACAAGCAGGGGUCUUCAUUCAUGAACUGCAAGUGGGUGUUAUCUGUUGUUGGCAACAAGCGAGUCAGAUUUGCGCUCUCACAAUUUCUGCUUGGAUCUAGCUAG